UUACGCGCGCGCUGGGGCCGCGGUGCUCAUUAAAGAUAAAUAUGUACGUGUGCUCGUAACACGGUCACGGCGAGCAGGCUGGCAGCUGUUCUUGCGGUUCUCAGGCUGCUGCUUCUCUUGAACAUCCUUCUUAUUGUUCUUGUUCUUGUGUGCGCUGCAUGCAUUGGUGGUCGCGCACUUGAGGGGGAAGCUGGUGCGCUCUUGCUGCUUGCCGCUCAAUGCGCCACUCGGGCAGACGCGAGCAUCCCGCCGGACGAGCACAAUUGAACUCGCAAAGCUUUUCCAGCCGGACUUAUUUCCAACGCGUCAAAAGGGAAUUUAUUUUCUUGUUGCUUUUGUUUGCGUGGCAAUGGAAUUCCUUCCCGUGGAUUUAAAGUGAGCCCAACUUUGCGCAUUUUUUUCCAACGAAGCUGUUUAUCGUCAAGCGUGAGGAGAGGAUGAUGCUCGCUGGAUUCUGUCUUCUUUUGCCUCUUUUAGAUGGACUGCACGGGGUCGAGGAGGGCGGACGGGCGGCGCGCACGGACUGCGUGCGGGCCAGCGAGCAGUGCCUGAAGGAGGCGUCAUGCAGCAGCAAGUAUCGCACCAUGCGGCAGUGUGCCGCCGGCGCCGCCAAGGAGGGCAACUUCAGCGGGGCGCCGCGCCGCGACGCUCAGGACGAGUGCCGCAGCGCCGUGGACGCGCUAAAGCAGAGCCCGCUCUACAACUGCCGCUGCAAAAGGGGCAUGAAAAAGGAGAAGAACUGCCUGCGCAUCUACUGGGGCAUCUACCAGACCUUACAAGGCAACGACUUUCUGGAGGAAUCUCCCUACCAGCCUGUCAACAGUCGCUUGACCGAUAUUUUCCGCCUGGCCCCCAUCAUCGAGGGGACCCAACCCCGGAGCAACUCAGCCACUUUGUCUCCGCCUUGGGUGGGUGACCGGGCCCUGGGGGGCCCCUCUUCAACAGACCUUCAGGACCCCGGUAGAAACAGGAGGGCCCGCCCCAACUGGGCCAUACUGGGUGAGCCGGCGGUGGCUCGGGAGAACAACUGCCUGAACGCAGCCAAGGCCUGCAACCUGAACGACACCUGCAAGAAGUACCGCUCGGCCUACAUCGGCCCGUGCACCAGCCGCGUCUCUACUGCCGAAGUCUGUAACAAGAGGAAGUGCCACAAGGCCCUCAGGCAGUUCUUCGACAAGGUUCCUCCCAAGCACAGCUACGGGAUGCUGUUCUGCUCGUGCCCGCUCAGCGACCAAACGGCGUGCUCGGAACGCCGGCGGCAGACCAUCGUGCCUGUCUGCUCCUACGAGGAAAAGCAAAGGCCAAACUGUCUGGAGCUGCAGGCCACCUGCAGGACCAACUACAUCUGCAGGUCGCGUCUGGCCGACUUCUUUUCCAACUGCCAGUCAGAACCGCGCUCUCUGUCGGGCUGCCUGAAGGAAAACUACGCAGACUGCUUGCUGGCCUAUUCGGGCCUCAUCGGCACGGUAAUGACGCCCAACUACCUGCGCUCGGCCAAGAUCAGCGUGUCGCCCUACUGCGACUGCAGCAACAGCGGCAAUGACAGAGACGAGUGCGACAGGCUGGCCACCUUCUUCACGGACAACACCUGCCUGCGCAACGCCAUCCGGGCCUUCGGGAAUGGUACGGACACGGGUAUGUGGCAGCCGGCGUCUCCCGCCCAGACUGCCACCACCGUCGCCUCGCCGCGCCAACGCGGCCGCAACAACAACCUGGACAACCACCUCAACACCGACGGCGGAUUAUACCACUUCUGCGGCAGUCUGCAGGCUCAGAAGCUCAAGUCCAACUCCAGCGCAGACAGCGUCUUCUGUGUGGACCCGCAGCUGGAUGGUCCCAGCACAUCCAACGCCAUUGUCAGGAAUUCAUGCGUCGGCCGACGGCCUUCUGUGGCGACGCCUCUGCUGCCCCCGCUGCUUUGGCUGUGGUACUGUGGCCGCCAUCUUGCAUCCUGGCCAGAUGAAUUGUAGCCUCGCGGUUGAAAACGUCGGACUGACAAAAUGAAUUCAUUUAAAAAAAAGAAACGUGAAAUUGUUUCCUUUCUUCUCUUCCUGACUGUACGAAUUCCCAUCAGAUUGCAUUUGAUUCUUCAGAUUUUAUGUUUACAUUUUUCAGUUUACGGUUUUUGUUGUUGUUUGUUGUCACUUUUAUCUAUGAUCGACUUUCUGAUGUACGUACAUGUUUCCUUGCUUUGGUCAGACGGGCAGUGGAAGCUUCUGAUGUGUAGACACAAUAUACGAAAAAAAAACAAAA